AAACCAUCUUGCUUUCUAACGGAAAUUCAUUGUAUCAGCUGUUUUACUUCCGACUCGAUUAUUAUCGAAAACAGCGAUAAUCACAAACCGAUAACUACGCACUCUUUGUCAGGUGGCAACCACGCUGCACGUGGAUUAUUUGUUUACAACGAUGUCACGCAAAACAUGGAACUCGCUGGACAAACCGCCGCUCUCCGAGCCCGUGCUCGAAGUGGUACAAAGCUUUGGCUUCGAGCUGAUGACUCCAGUGCAAACAGCGGCUAUUCCACUGCUGUUGGCACGCAAAGAUGUCUCCGCUGAGGCUGUGACAGGCAGCGGUAAAACGUUGGCGUUUCUUGUUCCCCUGCUGGAGAUACUGCAGCGACGACACAAGGAGACUCCGUGGGGUGCCAAGGAGAUCGGUGCACUCAUCAUCUCGCCUACUCGUGAAUUGGCACGUCAAAUAUCCGAAGUACUCGCACAAUUUCUAGAACACGAAGAGCUGGAGCACUUGAAUCAACAGCUGAUUGUGGGAGGCAACAGCAUCGAAGAGGACAUAGCCAACAUAAGGCAACAGACGCCCUGCAUAUUGGUGUGCACACCCGGACGCCUCGAGGAUCUGUUUCAGCGCAAGGGUGACGACUUAAAUUUGGCAGCACGCGUCAAAAGUCUUGAGUUCCUGGUGCUGGACGAGGCGGAUCGUUUGCUCGACUUAGGCUUCAAGACGAGCGUCAACAAUAUACUUGGCUAUCUGCCACGUCAGCGGCGCACCGGACUCUUCUCGGCGACACAGACCACCGAGGUCACGGACUUGAUACGCGCUGGCCUGCGUAAUCCUGUCUUGGUUUCAGUUAAGGAGAAGGCUUCAGUGAAUACGCCAGCACGUCUGCAAAACUUUUACAAAAUCGUGGAGCCGGAGAACAAGUUUCUGACGCUGUUGCAGUUCCUCCGCUCGUCCACCUCCAGCGCCGGCAAAGUGAUGGUCUUCUUUCCCACCUGUGCCUGUGUGGAAUACUGGGCCGAAGUGUUGCCGCCAUUGCUGCCAGGUCGUUAUGUGCUCGGUAUCCACGGCAAGAUGAAGAGCAAGCGUGCCAAUGUUGUAGAACGUUUUCGGAACACAGCGCAAUCGGUGCUGCUCUGCACAGAUGUUCUGGCACGUGGUCUGGAUGUGCCGGAGAUUGAAUGGGUAGUGCAAUGGGAUCCGCCAUCGAAUGCCUCAAGUUUUGUGCAUCGCGUGGGGCGCACUGCGCGGCAGGGUAACGAAGGCAAUGCGCUGGUUUUCCUGCUGCCCAGCGAGGAUGCGUAUGUCAAGUUCCUCAAGCUCAAUCAAAAGGUGGAGCUGAGUGAGUUGGAAGAGGAUUGUGGCGACGUCUCAACCACAUUGCUGCAGUCCACCGUGGAGCAGUUGCAUCAAUUGCAGGCAGCUGACAAGGGCAUCUAUGACAAAGGUAUGCGAGCCUUUGUUUCCCAUGUUCGUGCUUAUACCAAACACGAGUGCAGUGCUAUUUUGCGACUCAAAGAUCUGGAUCUGGGCAAGAUGGCAACGGCCUAUGGUCUGUUGCAACUACCACGCAUGCCUGAGCUGAAGAAUUAUCAAGGAGACGGCUUUAUAGCACCUAGCUUUGAAGUAGAUCUCACCAAGAUGUCGUACAAGAAUGUGCAGAAGGAGCAGGUGCGCAAACAGAAGCUGCAGACGUAUGAGGAGACGGGCGCUUGGCCAGGAAAGCAGAAGCCACACAUGAAGCGCACCGAGUCGUGGGAUCAAACAAAGAAGGCCAAACUAGAUGCGAAGUCCAAGAAGGAAUUGCGCAAGGCCAAGAAGGAGCGCAAGCGCAAAGCAGAGGCAGGUGAAGCGGGCAACAAACGCAAGCGGAAACAGCAAUUCACACAGGAGGAUCUGGAUGAGUUGGCCACGGAUAUACGGCUCUUUAAGCGGCUCAAGAAGAAAAAGAUCACCGAGGAUGAUUACAACAAGGCAAUGGGAAUUGAGGAUGAUGAUGACUAAAAAAGAGCUCAUUGUAUUAGUUCAAGUUGUGAUGUAAAUAAAUCGAAAUGUUUAACUUUUUAAAGAAACGUCAAUCUUUAAUUUUAAUUGGAGUACACGCUUGAUAAUUGUAUUAGGUAUUAACUUUGGUUCUUUUAUUUAUAGAGGGUUUAAUAAUAAACAUAUCAUCAUUACAAAAAUUAAAUAGAAAUUCGUUUUUCCUUUAUGCAAAAAAGGGAAAAAUUUCAAAUUAUCCCCAAAAUUUUUAUUUUCCAUCCCAUUUCUAAAAGAUGUUUGUAUAUAUUUUAAAUGUUGGUAGUCUUUAUUUAGUACCGUGUACUAUAAAAAAAAGAAUAAUUUUUACUCAGGAUAUCUGAUUAAAUCAUUUUUAUUAAUUACCUAUAGGAAAUGCCAAGAAAUGUGAUUACUGUUCACUCUUUGAAUACAGAAAUGUUAUUCUAAAAAUUUCAAAAAUGCAAAUCGAACUUUAAUCUUCAUUCAGAUCGUAUUGAAUUUAAAUGACUGCACAAAACGAUUGCAAAGAUAACUAGAAUUUAACUAAAAA